GAGUCUCGGGAGCUAGAACUACACCUCCCAGAAAGCACUUCGGGAUGUCGUUGGUUUGUUUCCGGAAACGGGUCCUCAAAAAGGUGGGACUUAGAGCUAGAAGCUGACGGCGGCAGCUGUCAAUUGGUUAGGAUACGAGAUCGAUGAUUGCACUGACUAAUGGGAACAAACGAAUACCAAAGGAACCCGCCCACAGAAGAAGAACUAGAGGUGGCGGCAGCGGUCGUGGCCCGACGCUGCUCAGGGUGGAGGACUGACAGUGCACGAAGCUUAUCUUUGACCUCCCCCCGUCUGCCUCCGGCCUUGACUUAUGAUCCUAGGUUCUUUUGGGCUUCUCUGAUCCAGCUAGCCAGACCCCAGACCUAAACCAUGUUCCCGGUGAAGGUGAAAGUGGAGAAAUCAGAGUUGGAGAUGGUCAAGGCCCGGAACCAAUUGGAUGCUGUUCUGCAGUGUCUGCUGGAGAAGAGUCACAUGGACAGGGAGCGUCUGGAUGAGGAAGCUGGGAAGACCCCCUCAGACACCCACAACAAGGAUUGUUCCAUCGUGGCCACCGGCAAACGGCCAUCCGCCCGCUUCCCCCACCAGCGGAGGAAGAAGAGAAGGGAGAUGGAUGAUGGACUGGCCGAGGGAGGGCCGCAGCGAACCAAUGCGUAUGUGAUCAAGCUGUUUGACCGGAGUGUGGACUUGGCUCAGUUCAGUGAGAACACGCCUCUGUAUCCAAUCUGCCGUGCCUGGAUGCGCAACAGCCCCUCAGUGCGCGAGCGUGAACGCUCGCCCAGCUCACCGCUGCCCCCACUGCCUGAGGAUGAGGAGGGUUCAGAGGUCACCAACAGCAAGAGUCGUGAUGUAUAUAAGCUGCCUCCGCCCACAGCCCCUGGGCCACCUGGAGAUGCUUGCAGAUCCCGAAUCCCAUCCCCACUACAGCCUGAGACCCAGGGUACCCCCGAUGAUGAGCCCUCCGAGCCUGAGCCCUCAUCCUCCACACUCAUCUACCGCAACAUGCAGCGCUGGAAACGCAUCCGCCAGAGGUGGAAGGAGGCAUCUCAUCGGAACCAGCUUCGUUACUCAGAAAGCAUGAAGAUCCUACGGGAGAUGUAUGAGCGACAGUGAUGUUCCUGCCCUCCCCCCACACCCCAAUAAACAUUCCCCACCACA